CACGUGUAUAUAUUGUGAUGACGUAGGCUUCGAGAUGAUGUCGGCGAUGUGAAUAAAGCUUCUGAAUCUCGCAUCUGAACUUACCUUUAACUAAACACAUUUGUCUCGAGAAACUCGUAGCGUGUGGUAAGCAUAGGAACACUGAGAGUAAAAAUGGCUGCUACUAAGAAGAUUGUCGUCCUCCCUGGUGACCAUAUUGGUCCUGAAAUUACGAACUCUGCCGUUGAGGUUUUGAAGGUUGUGGAGAAGAGACGCCCCGAGUUGAAGCUCGAGUUCGAGGAGCACAAGAUUGGUGGUGCCUCUAUUGAUGCCUUCGGCACUCCUUUGACCGAUGAGACUAUUAAAGCCUGUUUGGAGGCUGACGGUGUGCUUUUGGGUUCCGUUGGUGGUCCUGAAUGGACUGACCCUAACUGCCGUCCUGAGCAGGGUUUGCUUAAGUUGCGUAAGAGCAUGAAUGUUUGGGCCAACUUGCGUCCCUGUAACUUUGCUAGUGAGUCUUUGGUCAAGUGCAGUCCUCUCCGUGAGGAAGUCGCCAAGGGUGUGGACUUCUGUGUUGUUCGUGAAUUGACUGGUGGCUGCUACUUCGGUGACCGUAAGGAGGACACUGGUGACGGUAAGGCCUGCGACACCUGGCCUUACAGCGUUGAGGAGGUUACUCGCAUUGCUCGUCUUGCCGCCUGGUUGGCCAAGCGCAGCAACCCUCCUGCCCCUGUUACCAUGUUGGACAAGGCUAAUGUCCUUGCCUCUUCUCGUCUUUGGCGCAAGACUUGCACCAAGGUCUUCAAGGAGGAGUUCCCUGAGCUUACCUUGAACUUCCAACUCAUCGACUCCGCCGCCAUGCUUGUCGUCAAGAGCCCCCGUACCCUCAACGGUGUUGUCUUGACUGACAACCUGUUUGGUGACAUUAUCUCUGACGAGUGCUCUUGCAUUCCUGGUAGUUUGGGUCUUUUGCCCUCUGCCUCUCUUUCCGGUGUUCCCCAAGAGACCUCUGAGAAGGUUCACUGCUUGGUCGAGCCCAUUCACGGCAGUGCUCCUGACAUUGCUGGUAAGGGUAUUGUCAACCCUAUCGGUACCAUUUUGUCCGCUUCCCUCCUUCUCCGUUGGGCUUUGAACGCACCUGCUGAGGCUCAAGCUAUUGACGAUGCCGUUCGUAAGGUUUUGGACGACAAGUCUAUUGGUGGCCGUGGCCUCUACACUCGCGACUUGGGUGGUGAGGCUAUGACUGCCGAUAUCACCAAGGCUGUCUGUGAGGAGCUUGAGAAGCUUCUUUAAGCAAUUAACUUUCCUGCAACUUUUCCGUAAUUAAAGUCGAGGGAUCCAAAUGCUGCCACUUAUACGCGUACCUAACACCUUCUCGCCUAUUCAUUCUUUUUGGAUUUCGGAUAUGCCUGCAUGCACUAUUCGAACGUGAAACCACAUUCGUUUGAAACAAUACCAUGCACCCAUUCCCUUUCAGAUACGUCGACCGGCUCCAUUUGUAUUAGUAGUACUGGUGUUCGAUGUUCAAAUAUCAUUUUCAUAUAGAGUACAUGAUUUUUGUGAUGGGUGAGACAUAGGGCAUCAGAGGAGGUGGUUGACUUGUGAUGGCUUUCAUUCGCACAAUGUUCAAUUUCAUGUUAUUUAAUAUUGUAUUUCGCCUCAAGUUCUACCGCAAUUGACUUCGACUAUGAAACUGGAUGCUGGUGUAUGGGAUUUCGUCGACAGCGAGUGCUUGGGGUCUGCGUUGUUAGCAAUACUUCGUAUUCUGAUUAUCGGUAGUGCCUUCUUUACGUACGCUUCUGGGGCAUAUAUUUUUAUGAGGCGGAUAUGACUGUCUUUGCCAUUUUGAUGAUUGGAAAGGAUGCUCAAUUGCAACAUAUAGGUUUCCAAAAGGCCAUUACGACCGUAGUCACCAACGGGGAUAUGAAGCCAACCUUCUUGUUCUUCUAAUUCGGUUGUAACAACGGGCUGGAGGUCAUGCAGACCGGUUCCUGCAGCGAUGCGAAUUUUGCUAGGAGUGUACGACUCGUCCAGGCUGUACAUUAAGUAGAUACUUAGGUACUUUAUUUCUACACGCUUGAUAAAUUUUGCGUAUAACACAUGAGGUUGUGAACCAUCUGAUCUAGCUACGUGUUAAUGACAGUUUGUCCAUAGAAUCUUUGUACUAAAAGAAUUCAUAUUU